AUGAUGAAUAUGGGAUGGUGUAAGUCAUCAACUCUUUGUGUGGUAGAGAACGUGUUAUACCGUUGUAAUGGGAAGAUAUAUUGGUAUAACUUCAACGAUAGAUUAUGGAGAGAUUUGAAAGGUUUAGAUGUAGUACUAUAUUCUAGGUUAUGUAUUGAUGAUCAUGUUAAGAUGAUGGGUUUUAGUGGAAAUAUGGCGAUUUUAUGGAACGAGUAUGAUAAGUUUUGCAUGAAAAAGAUUUGGUUUGCGGAAAUUGAGAUUGAGAAAGACUUAUUUGGGGAGCUUUGGGGGAGGUUCAAGUCUUUUGACGUUGUGUUUACAACCAGUGAACGAUAUAGCGUAGCGCAUGCUCUUGCUACUACCAUUUGA